CCGCGCAGACGCAUAUACAGAGACAGAGAGAGAGAGAGAAAGAAGGGAAGGAUGGUGAGGCCUUACAAGGUGAAAGGGUUUAAGCGGAAGAAGAGAGAAGAAGAAGAAUACUACGAAGAGAAAGAAGUGAAAGAGGAGGAGAAUGAACGGGAGAAAACAGCAGCAGAGGUAGAGGAGGCAGAAGGAGAAGAGGAAGAAGACGAGAGGAGAGCAGAGGAGGCCGUGGAUGAACUUCCUGGGAUUCCAGUAGUGCCCUCCAAUGCAAACGCUGGGGCUGGGGUUAUAAUCAUUCUAGAGAGGGCUUCUUUAGAAGUCGCGAAAGUGGGAAAGACUUACCAACUUCUAAAUUCGGACGAUCACGUCAACUUUUUGCUGAAACAUGGGAAGGAUCCUAAAAAUUACAGGCCUGACAUUGCUUUCCAGGCUAUCCUUAUGAUUUUGGAUAGCCGACUCAACAAGGCUGGAAGACUAAAAGCCCUCUAUGUGAAGACCGAGAAGGGAGUGCUUUUUGAAAUUAAACCCUAUGUUCGUAUGCCAAGGACAUUUAAGCGGUUUUCUGGCUUAAUUUUGCAACUACUGCAAAAGCUCACUGUAAAUGCUAGCGGUAAGCGUGAUAAACUUUUGCGUGUGAUUAAGAAUCCUGUAACACAAUAUUUACCUCUCAACUCUCGCAGAAUAGGACUCUCACACAGCGCAGAAAGGAUGGUUAAGAUCCAGGACUAUGUUAAUGCUGCCAACAAUGAUGUUAACCUCGUUUUUGUGGUUGGUGCAAUGGCCCAUGGGAAAAUUAAUACUGAGUAUACUGAUGAUUUUAUAUCAGUUUCAGGCUACCAGUUGAGUGCUGCAUAUUGUUUAGGGAUGAUCUGCAAUGCUUUGGAGCAGAAAUGGAACAUCUUGUAAACCUGAACCUAAAUUUUCUCUAUCCAAAAUUUUAUAAGGCCUGUCUUUUCCUUGGGGGUAUUUUUGAUCACCGAGAAUGCAAUAUAUUAUGCAGUUCGGUGGACCUGGUGAAACAUGAGGUAAGAAGUUGUAUUUUCCACCUGCGAUUUCAAAAAGUAAAAAAAUUGUUGUGCAAUUGGUGAAAGAACUUGACCAUAGUGGAUGUUGGAGAAAUCAAUACUUUUCAACAUGAAUCAAGAAGUUUAUUUUUCUGGUUGGGUUUUCAUCAUUAUCUAACUGUCAUGCCCUUUCUUCAUCUGAAGAACUUGACCACUCUGAUGCAGUGAAUGCUGAUAGAAAUCAAAGCUAUUGUGCAGGAAUCACAAAGUUUAUGAUUUGUUGGGUAAAUUAAGGCAAAAGAUGCCAUUAAUGUAAAA